AUUUAACUUGGAAUCGUUGGUGAUAUUGAGGCCACUUUCUUGAACGGUAAGCACCUAUUUCACCCUGUAAUUGGUUAUUUAUAUACUAAUGUGCUGCAAACGUUAUUCUUUUAUCAUUUUUGACCCAAAUUUGUAUUGGUUUUGGUUUUAGACCUGUUUUUGUUAUGGUAAUUUGUUGUUGUUGUUGGUUAAGUUGAUAAUUGUGUAUCUUAUUUUCAGCUGGUUCUCUUAAACACUCACAAGUAGUUUUCAGUUUUUUUUUUUUUUUUUUUUUAUACUUAGUUGUGUAAGUGGUACUUGGAACAUGAUGUAUGAUAAAGGUUGGGUGCGUCUUAACAGGUAACAUAGUAUUUUGAUUAUUACCAUAAAAAUUGAAAACUUUAGCGUCUUAAUAAUAACUUGUGUCUCAAUGUAUUUGUUGUUUAUAUUUUAUUAGAGUUGAUCCUGAGUAUGAGAUUGGAGCAUGGAAAUUUGUAGAAGCCGUCAUAAAAAACUUAGGAAAUCCUGAGAUGAUCUUAUGUCCUUGCAUAGAUUGUCGUAAUGUUGAUCAUCAAUCCGGUAAUAUUGUUGUCGAACAUUUAGUAACAAGAGGAAUGGACAUCAAAUACAAACAAAGAAAUGAUUGGUAUGAGCAUGGAGAGCAAAUGACUAGUGGAGAGAGAGUAGAUGAAAUAGUCAAUAAUGAGGCAUUCAAUUUAUAUAAAGCUACCCACUAUCUGGAGGAAGACUAUGUGAAGUCUGGUGAGUUUGUUAACGAAGACUACAAUGAGCCUAUGGAAGGCAAACCUGAUGAUAGUUUUAUGGCAAACCUUAAAGAUGCAGAAACUCCUUUGUAUUCUAAUGGCUCACGAUACAAUAAAUUAUCGGCCAUUGUAACUUUAUUCCGACUUAAAACUCAUAGUGGAUGGUCGGAUACAAGUUUUAAUGAACUUCUUGGUGUAUUAGCAGACUUGCUUCCAGAGGAUAAUGUACUUCCAAAGUCAUUGUAUUUAAUGAAAAAAUUUCUUAAGGAGUUUGGAAUGGGGUAUGAAAAAAUUCAUGCUUGUUCGAACGAUUGCUGCCUAUUUCGAAACGAGUACAAGGACAUGGAAAAUUGUCCCAAGUGUGGUGAUUCAAGAUGGAAGAUAAAUAAGAGGACCAAAGUGAUAAAAAAAGGUGUCCCGGUUAAAGUUUUAAGAUAUUUUCCUAUAAUUCCGAGAUUUAAAAGAAUGUUCAGGUCUGAAAAGAUGGCUGAAGAUUUGAGAUGGCACUUUAGCAAUAAAAGUACCGAUGGAAAAAUGCACCAUCCAGUUGAUUCUAUAACGUGGGACUUAGUGAAUAAUAAAUGGGAAUCUUUUGCUACUGAACCACGAAAUCUUAGACUUGGUCUUUCUACUGAUGGUUUCAACCCGUUUUCUAUGUUAAGCUCCAGAUAUAGUUGUUGGCCUGUAAUGCUAGUUACGUACAAUUUGUCUCCUAUGUUGUGCAUGAAAAAAGAGAACAUUAUGUUGACAUUAUUGAUUCCAGGUCCAAAACAACCUGGAAAUGAUAUAGAUGUGUAUUUACAACCACUAAUAGAAGACUUGCAAACAUUGUGGCACAAUGGAGUGGAGGCAUAUGAUGCAUUUAGUAAAACUAUUUUUAACCUUAGAGCAAUUUUAUUGUGGACCAUAAAUGAUUUUCCAGCCUAUGGUAAUCUUGCUGGAUGUUGUACUAAAGGUAAAAUGGCAUGCCCUCUUUGUGGGAAAAAUACACAUCACCAAUGGUUAAAGUAUAGUAGAAAAUUUGCGUACAUGGGACAUAGAAAAUUUUUGCCGCCUUCCCAUUCAUAUCGGAGAAAAAAAUCGUGGUUUGAUAAUAAUAUAGAAAGUGGGAGCAAGCCAAGAAUCUUGACAGGUCGGAAUAUUUUUUCCGCUCUUGAAAAUUUUCCAAAUAAUUUUGGAAAAUUAAAAAAACAAAAAAGAAAAAGGAAUGAGAACGUAGACGGUGACAAAGAUGAUGAAGUUGGCAAUGAUACAAAUGAUGCAGAUCAAGAUGAGCUAGUGCGAUGGAAGAAAAGAUCCAUAUUCUUUGACUUACCAUAUUGGAAGGAACUUCCAUUACGUCAUAAUUUAGACGUAAUGCAUGUAGAGAAAAAUGUGUGUGAAAGUUUAAUAAGUACAAUUCUACAUUGUGGAAAGUCAAGAGAUGGGGUCAAUGCUCGGAAGGAUUUAGAAAAUAUGCAAAUAAGAAAGGAUUUAUAUGCGCAACCUCGAGGAAGUAAAACUUACCUUCCAGCAGCUCCAUGGACCUUAUCAAAAUCAGAGAAAAAAAAAUUUUGCGAGAGAUUGUAUAACUUCAAAGGACCUGAUGGUUAUUGCUCAAAUAUUGGCAAAUGUGUGUCAUUGGAAGAAUGCAAGGUUAUUGGCCUCAAGUCUCAUGAUUAUCAUGUUCUAAUGCAACAAUUGCUUCCCAUUGCUCUACGAGGAUUGCUUCCAAAAGGUCCUAGAAAGGCAAUACAUAGAUUAUCUAUUUUCUUCAAUAAGUUAUGUCAACGUGUUAUUGAUAGAGACAAAAUUGCACUCUUAGAGGAUGAGGUUAUAGAAACGUUGUGCAUGCUCGAAAGAUAUUUUCCACCUUCAUUUUUUGAUAUUAUGGUACACAUAGUAAUUCACUUAGGAAGAGAAGCUCGAUUAUGCGGACCUGUUCAAUUUCGUUGGAUGUAUCCAUUCGAGAGAUAUAUGAAAGUAAUCAAGGACUACGUAAGAAAUUAUGCACAACCGGAGGGGUGUAUUGCUGAAUCUUAUCUUGGAGAAGAGUGUAUAAGAUUUUGUAGUGAUUUUCUAAAAAAAACAAUAGGAGUGGAAGAAAAAGACGUACGCAAUGAUGAUUGUGUGAAUAAUGAAGUAAUUCUCGAAGGUCGUCCAAUAUCAGGGUCUAAAUCAAUAACACUAAGUGAUCAAGAAAAAAAAAUUGCUCACCUUGCUGUUAUAAUGAAUACAGCAAUGAUAGACCCAUAUUUAGAGUAAGUUAUGAUUUAUUAUUCAGUAUCUAUAACAAAAACAUAAGACUUAGAUUUGUUUUUCUUUUAGCAUGCACUUGGGAGAAUUGCAAGAAUCAAACAUACGCUUAAGGAAAGAUGCAACCUUGCUUUGGAAUAAACAUACUGAAAAAUUUGCAGAAUGGUUAAAAAAAAAGGUUAGAGGAAUAUUCCCAAUAGUUUUUAGUUUUGUUUAUUUAUUUGCAAGUUCAAAAUGUUUAUCGAAACUUCUUUAACAUUUAACAGAUACCUAUUGAUUCGAAGAAUCACUCAGACACAUUAAAGUGGAUUGCAUAUGGUCCACGAGACGACGCUUUGUCUUAUACUGGUUAUAUUAUCAAUGGGUUUCGGUUUCACACAAAGGAUAUUGAUCGAGAAACUCAAAAUAGUGGAGUGGUUUAUGAGGCAACAAGCAUGUGUAGGGCAAGCGCCAAAGAUAAUGCACAAGUGUCUGAUUUGGUUACCUAUUAUGGAUUAAUAACAGAUAUAUUAUUACUUGAUUAUCAUGUCUUUCGUAUUCCGAUUUUUAGGUGUCAAUGGGCAAACAAGGGUAAUGGUGUUAAAUUUGAAGAUGGAUUUACUCUUGUGAACCUUAAUCAAAGUCAAGUAUCAUUUGCGAGGGAUCCAUAUAUCUUAGCAUCUCAAGCUAAACAAGUAUUUUAUUCGAGGGAUGAUGAUCUCUCCAAUUGGUGUGUUGUGCUGAAGGCACCACCAAGAAGUGCUCAUGACUUAGAGGCAGUUAAUGAGGAUAAUGAAAUCGUAGAUAUCCCUGGACUUCCUCGAGAAAUCGAAGUUGACUUGGACAUUGAAGAGUCAAAUGAUGAAAUUAGAUAUGUUAGGGAGGAUUGUGAAGGAAUACUUGAGUAAAGUUUAUUUUAGUUAGUUUUAUGAUUCAUACAUUAAUUGUAUGAAUAUCAUGUCAGUUUAUAAGACUUCUCAUAUUAUUUUUAUUUUACAUUUUACAAUUAAGUAUAUGUGACUUUUAUUUGUU